UUAUUGGCAGAGGUACGUUUCAUAUAAUUUUGAAGUAUGUCAUUCGUGAUGCUUAUGGAAGAGAUAAAAAAACGAUACAAUAGAAUAUGUAGGAAAAACUGCGGCUGUUUAGAGUAAGCUGAGUCUGAUCCCGUUUCCUUAUCCGGGAAAUGCACAGUUUCUCGCCAUUGGCUAUAGGUGUCACGUGUUAUCUUAACUUUGUUCACUUGACAGAAAGUAGGAGGGUUUACGAAACAGGAAAACGAGUAAAGGGAUAGAAAUAAAUUUUAGUAUAUUUUUGUGUGCAAUUCAAAGAAAUUAAUGGCCAUGAGUUCUUUUUUGAUCAACUCCAACUAUGUGGACCCGAAGUUUCCACCCUGUGAGGAAUAUUCUCAAAAUGAUUACCUACCAAGCCACUCUCCUGACUAUUACAGCAGCCAGAGGCGAGAGACUGCUUUCCAACAUGAGGCGAUGUUUCAUCAGCGGUCAGCUUGCACGGAUCAGCCUUACUCGUCGUGCCAGGGUCCCGGCCAGCCCUCCGUAGUCUUGCCCUCCAGAGGUCACGUCCAUGCACAAACCGGACUACAGAGCCAAGUAACGGAACCCAGUAACCCUUGUGAAUCGGUUACCCCCAGUCCUCCGCCCGCCUGUAGUCAAAACUCUACGAACCAAACCACUUCUUCCACUUCUUGCAAGGAGCCAGUAGUUUACCCAUGGAUGAAAAAAGUCCAUGUAAACAUCGUGAAUCCAAAUUACACUGGGGGAGAGCCGAAGCGUUCGCGUACAGCUUAUACUAGACAGCAAGUCCUGGAGCUGGAGAAGGAGUUUCACUACAACCGCUACUUAACCCGCAGACGCAGAGUGGAAAUUGCCCAUACUCUGUGCUUGUCAGAGCGCCAGAUCAAAAUAUGGUUCCAGAAUCGUAGAAUGAAAUGGAAAAAGGACCACAAGCUGCCCAACACCAAAAUCAGGUCUAACAGCUCGCCGGCUACAAACUCUGCUGGAGCGCAGCAAGCACAAGGAGGGUCCCAGAAUCGAGUCUCCAACGGUCCUCCACCAAGUCUAUAGCUCCGCUCAUUUUUUGCUGUCUUGUAUGUAUUAAUGCAUAAUUAUCCGUUCUUCGAAGGGAAUUGAACAACACAACCUAAAAGAAACAUGGAAAACCAAGGGACUGCUUAUUUAUUAAAAUGCUAAAAACGGGAGGUGGACAAGACUUCCAUAAAAGCACACUUUUGCAAUAUUUUCUGUUUGUGGCUCGCAGUCCUUGAGCACCCCCGCCAAUCCACUCCACACCCCCACCCCCGCCCCCAUUAAGAAGAAGGCUACAGCAGAUAGUAGUAGUUUUCAGAUUUGGCGAAGAUGGAUCCCUGUUUCAUCUUUAAUCAUGCCAAACUCAGCCCCAUUUGUCAUGUUUACUCUGCGGUACAAAGGACGAACCUUAUGCCUACCAUUACCUCGACAAGUAACGCUCACUUUAAUAAAUGAGGUCCUUUUUCGUCAAGAGGAACAGUGUUUCUUUUCCCUUUACUGCUCCUUCUACGGGAAAUAAAUAUAAAAAUGAAAAAGAGUUCAGUUCAGACAUAUAUCAAGAAAUCACAGGAAAUGCACUGUGAAUUUCAGUUCUCCGGAUCUGAUGCAGAAUGUAAAGGAAUCAUGCACUCUGUCGUGAAUGCCAUGUUUAAGUCUUUAUAUAUAAGAGAGAGACAAUAUCUUCAUUUUAACUUUUCAUAUGAACAAAAACUGAGUGCAAAAUGACAUUCUUCAACCCAAAGGACGAAGACUCUGCACUUAGCCAGUGGAAAUUCCAUUUAUAGCCAACGGAAUCAGACUGUUACUAAGUUUUUUUCGGCCUGGUGUUAUGAAUUACCUCAUUUGUGAUUUGUUUUCUUAAUUGCUGUUGUUCCAGAAUUACAAAAUCGAUCUUUCAUUUCAGAAAGUUGAAUAUAAAGCUAUAAGCUAUUGUAAAUCAUACUUUAUUUAAGUACAUGUAAGAUAUUAAGGUGCGUAAACGUUUCUUUCUCCACCUUCUCCUACUAUCUUUACCCCCCCCCCCCCCCCCAUCACCAAACACACACACACUCUUUCUUUGUCUCUCUAACGUUGUUUCUCGAACACGCAUUAUUAUUUAAAGCGGGACACGCUGUUUUUAUCAUCUAUGUUUUAUCACCAUAUUCUUUACAUUCCAUAUAGUCCUAGAUCUGGUUUCUGCCAUUCGGAGAGUACGAAGCCUGUGUUGUGGUUUCUAGCUCAUGAUUUUCUUGUUGUUCUUCGUAUAUCUGCCCUGGUAUUUGUAUAUAGUUAUAGAAUUAAAUAAAGAAAGAAAACAACCAAAUAUACAUUUUCCACGUGUCUUUCUUGACCCACAACCCCCUACUCUCACACAAACACACACACACACUCUCGACACCGUUUCUAUUUACUGAAGAUUUUUUUCUUAAAUAAAAUGUAAUAGUUUUUGUAUUUGUGAGUAUGUGUGCGAGGGAUUUCGUUAACGCACAGUAAUUUAUUAUAGAAACACAAGUUUUAUAUAUUUAUCUUUUUUUUAACAAAAUUCGUUUAUUUGGAAAACAUACCUAGGCUUACCGCUGGUUUCUAUAUUAUGAUUUAUAUCUUAUAUAGAAGAGUAAUACUAGAGCAUUACGUCCUGUAAUCUCGUUCUAAAUCACAAGCCUUCGCUUUUCCCGUAUCUCCUUCCUCGUUUUGCUGGGGUUCACGAUUCUUACUAUUCGAUGCUUCAUGAUGCUUGUAAUUGGGUACCCCGUUAUACCAGGUUUAAUAGUUUUCUUGCUCCGAGCUAUUUAAUGCAUUAAUGAGUGUAAUUUUUGCACAGAUGUCUCUCGGAGUUUGCAGGUUUCGUGUGUAUUUUUUAUAUUACAAAGGAGCGGACCACUGCAAUAGCUCAAAUCCUGACAAGCAAAUAGAUAAUCAAGAAGACAAAUGACUUCUUUUGUGAGGCGCUGGUCUUGUAUUAAUUUUCAUUUUCUUUCUUAGAACAACUAUUGAAAAAUACACUGCAAAAGAAAAUAACAUUCCAUUUUCAGUUUCAGAAACUUUAAACAAAAUAACACUCUAGAAUUGCUCUUCUGGAAAAGCCAUGGAGCAAUCUAUUACAUGGUGAAAGUAUUUGUUAUUGGUGCAUCCUUCUCAUUCCUUGCCUGCAUU